GCUUUCGACUGUCUUGCUCCUCUAUUGUAGUUGAUUGGAGUAUCAAUUCUGAUUUUUUUUUGAUUAUCUGAUUUGUCGGUUUCUAGUGGUUACAUUAUCCUUCUUUAUUUAUCUUCCUUUCUAUUCUGCCAGUGCGAUACACGCGAACAUGGUUUCUCGUCUCGACGAUCCACAGCCUACGUUCCCUUUGCCGCCAAUCGAAGAGAUCCCAGAUGAGGUGGAGGACAAGCCCCUGAAGGAUAAACUGAUAGAGACUCGUUUAGGAGCUUUGGAUCUGCCUCCAGUCAUCUUUGGGGCUGCAUCCUUCUCAGCGUUUUAUAACGCGGCUGAUCAUGUAAGCGGGGUGAUACCCGUUCGUACUACGAGACUUGCGCUCCGCUACGGUAUUCGUGCGUUUGACACUUCGCCAUACUAUGGGCCAUCGGAGAUUAUUUUGGGAAAUGCGCUGAAAGCCCUUGAACAAGAGUUCCCUCGGUCAUCAUAUAUCAUUAUGACGAAAUGCGGGCGAUUUGGCAGUGAUCCAGCCUCUUUUGACUAUUCACCGAAGGGUGUCCGCGCCAGCGUACAACGUAGUCUCACACGGCUACACACUUCGUAUCUCGAUAACGUAUAUUUGCACGACGUUGAGUUCCUAGCUAAUUCUGUUGCUCCUCGCUUGUCGGGCAGCCAUCUUGGGGCGUUAGGAGCAGAAGAAGAAGCAUAUGGGCUGAAUGAAGGGCAAGAGAGUAAAAUCUGGGGAGAAGGAGAUCAAAAAAUAUUAGGGGCAAUUGGAGAGCUGAGGAAAAUGCAAGAGGAGGGAAUCAUCAAGAACAUCGGUAUUAGUGGUUAUUCUUUACCAACGCUCCUUCGCCUGACUUUGCUCGCCUUGCACACGGCGCCUUACAAGCCCUUGGAUACUCUACUUUCCUACUCGCAUCUUGACUUGCAGAACGCUUCUCUGGAGGCAUUCCUGCCUGCAUUCUAUGAGCGGGCAAAGCUAAGACAAGUUCUCACUGCCUCUCCAUUCAGUAUGGGCCUCCUCACCCACUCACCUCCCUCAUGGCAUCCUGCAUCUCCCGAGAUCAAGCAGGCUGUUGUGGACGUGUCGCAGAUCGUAGAGUCUUGGAAGGGUGGGCUACCUGAUGUAGCAUUAGGGUAUGCUUUUCAGAGGGCAAAAGUGCAAGGGAUGCCGAUUGUUGUGGGUCUGAGUACGCUGAAGGAUGUGCAUGAGAGUGCAAGGACGUGGAAGGAGAUUGAAGGAGGCAGCGAGGAAGAGAGAAGUGGGAGGAGGAAAUAUGAGCAGGACGCGAGGAACUUGUUUGAGGCACGGGGCUUGUUGGACCACUCAUGGAAAACGCCAUCUUUCUAAGAGAUUGUCCAUGGUCAAUGUUUUCUUAGCUGCAUAUACAAGGUGAAAUGUUAUCAGAUAUCGCUCUAAUUUACUUGGUUCGUCAAA